UACAGUUGAAAAUAAUCCUAAAUACUACUCGUGCGCUAUUAUUGCUUCUCCUUUAUCCUCGAUCGUUAAGAUGUCGCAGAUUAACGACUCUGAGGAAGUGAAGCAUGAUAUUAGUUUGGCAAACGCUUACGAUCCAUGGUGUAAUACUUGCUUCAGAUAUAAGGAAGCUGGAGAAACAGGAUGUCUGAACCUUGGUGACGGCCGACAACUUUGCUCAGAUUGUUCUUCUAUAGCGGUCACAAAUUUAGAGGAAUGCAAUUUCAUAAUCCAAAAUGUGUUUGAAUUCUACAGAAUCUUAAAUCUCAAAGUGGAUGAAAAAAUUCCCAUCUUCUUCGUCGACAAGAUUCAAAUGAGCAGAAUAUCUCAAGGUGACGUGACUGAACUCUAGAAUUA